AUGUCAGCAAUCAACUUCAUCGUCACCGCCGAUCGCCGCAACAUGCAACACUGUUUCGAGUAUGGUAAGUAGGGCAUAAUCACUGUGACGGUCUUGGCCGACGAAGUUUUGCACGCGUACAUCAAGAUCAGAAGCUCAAAUAUAUUGUUGUUCACGUCUUUCGACGCUGAUUGAAUAAUAAAAACAUGCUUUGCUCGAACACUCUGAAAAAGGUCAGAUUAAUACCUAUUCUUCAGCAUUUUAAGCCAAACUGGGCCUUCAAAACGUUUAAAUUAGCCAUCAAAAUACAAAUUACAAGCUUAUUACAUCAAAACUUACCUGUUUAAUAUACACACUGGUUCAUUUUUAAGGUCAUGCAUUACCUAUGAUCAGUGAUAAUCUUCAUUUCGAGGAGUACGACUGCGCUUUAUCCGAGAUGAGGUCUCUUGAAGGUCGAUUGGAAGACGAGCUUCAACGACACUUCAGCACGAAGGUGGAUCUUCGUCAGUACGAGGAUUUGAGGGUACCAAUCUCAGGAACGGAUGAAGUGCAUCGACUGGGAAAUUUGGGGCGAGUUACGAUGAAAAAUCCGCAAAUUAUCAUGAUCAAUUUUGCUGACAAGCCCACGGCCAUAAAGGUUGCGUUGCAAAAGAGCGCAUUGAAUGUGAAUCCUCAACAUGAAGGUAGGAAACAGACUUUUAUAUGUUUUUGACAAAUUUAAACUCAAAAGCUUUCGUUAAUCAUAAGUUAUGGAUUGUUUUAGGCAGACAGUCAAGAGUAAUAUAAAUUUUGAAUCUUUUUUGGUCAUAACUCAACGGAAAUUGUUUUUAUAGACUUCAAAAUUUAGUUUUUAGUUAAUGAAGAGUAUUUUAAAUGAUUUAAAUAUAUUUUUUGCAGGAAUCAUGUUGUACAUACCCGUCCCAAGGAUGACGAAAGAAAGGAGAGAGCAAUUGGCGAAAGAUGCCAAAACUUUGGUGUUGGUUGAUUAUAAGAAGGCAGUUAAUGAUGUAAGCUUUACUAAGGUUUUCUUUAUGUACUGUUAAAGUUUUGUGUUUAUAAUUUCAAAAAUUUUUGAGUUUUGUCAAGAAUUGACGCACCUACAGAAGCAGCAUGGUCAAUAUCGCUAAAAUCACUAAAAAAGGAGAUUGUUGUUUAAAUUCAAGUUGCAUUUUUAGGUAUAUGUUAAAAGCGGCAAAAAGGCAUCAGCAACGAAAGAACUGGAAAGCAAAGCAAGGCCGUAUAAUAUUAAAAUAGCCAAGUGUAACAUAAGGUAG